AUGCCCCGCACCCAGCCGCCGCGGUUGCCAGGUAGCGCGCGGUCCUUGGCUGCUAGCUGCGCGGGUUUCCGCUGGGUGAUGGGGCUGCGGGAUCUCCCGUCACUCCUGCUCUUGCUCCUGGACUGCUGGGCCUCCGUGAGCGCUCAGGCCGGGGACGCCCCAGUGGUGACGACGGAGGCCCUGAGCUCCACGAAGCCAACCCCGACGACUUUCCGACCUGCUGUAUCUCCUAGGCCCCAUGAAACCCCCAGGGCUCCCAGGCCCUCCUCCAGCUCCAGGCCCACCCCGGUCACGGACGUUGCUGCUCUGUGUGUCUGUGACUUGUCUCCAGCACUGUGUGAUGUCAACUGCUGUUGUGAUCCUGAUUGCAGCUCCGUGGAUUUCAGUGUCUUUUCUGCCUGCUCAAUCCCAGUUGUCAUGGGUGAUAGUCAGUUUUGUAGUCAAAAAGCAGCCAUCUAUUCAUUGAAUUUUACAGCAGACCCACCUCAGAGAGUAUUUAAACUUGUUGACCAAAUCAAUCCAUCUAUUUUCUGCAUUCACAUUACAAACUAUAAACCUGCAUUAUCCUUUAUUAAUCCAGAAGUGCCUGAUGAAAGCAAUUUUGAUAAAUUGAUGAAAACAUCAGAUGGUUUUUCAUCGAAUGCAGAAUCAGAUGUUUCCUUGACAACCAAACCGGAUGCUCCAAAUACUGCAAAAUAUGAGUAUGGGGUUUAUCUGCAGACUUCACAUUCAUUUCUGAGAUUUCCUUCUCCCCUUACAUCAUCUCUGUGCACCGAUGAUAAUCCUGCAGCAUUUCUGGUUAACCAAGCUGUUAAGUGCACCAGAAGGAUAAAUCUGGAACAGUGUAAAGAAAUUGAAACCCUGAGCCUGGCUUAUUACAGCAGCCCUAAAAUUUUGAGGGUGCCUGGUUCAGGAACAAAGGUCCCUAUCACUGUUCAGUCCAUCAUCAUUCAGUCUCUAAAUAAAACGCUAACCCGACUGGAAGACACUGACACCGAUGUAUUGAGGCCGCUGGUUCUUGUCGAGGCUGGGCAUGGGAAAAUCUGCACUAACAUCAUUCUUGAGGUGAAGUAUAGCCUCACGUAUACAAACGCAGGUGAGAUAAUAAAAGCUGGUGUCUUUGUUCUUCUGGGAGCAGUUAGCAGUGCAAUGGUUCCAUUCCAACAAAAGUUUGAAAUUUAUUUUAUUCAGCAAAAUACAAAGCCAGUUGCUCUCAGUGGAAACCCUGGUUAUGUUGUGGGACUCCCGUUAGCUGCUGGAUUUCAGCCUCAGAAGGGGUCUGGGAUUAUGCAGACCACAAACAGAUAUGGACAACUUACUCUUCUUCGUAGCACAGCUGAGCAAGACUGCUUAGCAAUAGCGGGGAUCCGGACCCCAGUAUUAUUUGGUUACAACAUGCAAUCUGGCUGUAAACUCAGACUGACCAAAGCUAUCACGUGUCGGCUGGUAGCGCAGAAGGUGGAGAGCCUGCUGAAGGGCCAGGGCUUCCCAGAUUAUGUGGCCCCUUUUGGAAAUUCCCAGGCCCAGGAUGUGCUGGACUGGGUACCCGUCCACUUCAUCACCCAGACGUCCCACAUGAAGGAUUCUUGCCAGCUCCCAGUGGCGCUGGCUAUAGAAGUGAAGUGGACUAAAUACGGAUCCUUACUGAACCCACAGGCUAAAAUCGUCAAUGUAACUGCAAAUCUGAUUUCAACCUCGUUUCCUGAGACCAACUCAGGAAAUAAAAGGACAAUUCUUAUUUCCACUGCGGUUACUUUUGUGGAUGUGUCUGCACCUGCAGAGGCAGGCUUCAGAGCUCGGCCAACCAUCAAUGCUAGGCUGCCCUUUAAUUUCUUCUUCCCGUUUGUUUGACGGAUGUGGCAGUCACAGAGUGAGCCCCAGACACGCACAGGGACGCAGAGCUGAAUGAAAGCCAUACUCCUCGUGCAAUCAGUCAGCCGGGGCGCAGCAGCAAUGGCAGUGAGGAGAGAGGCCUGGCGAAGCUGCAGGGAAGGAGGCAACGCCUAAACUGAAUCCGAAAGGACAAGGAAGGCCUGACCGAGGGAAGUGGGCUCCGGGCUAAGGGCACUGAGUGAGCAGAGGCCUGGCCUGGAGAAGCUCAGGCUGGAGGGAGGGAACGAUCUGUGUACACAGAGGGCGUUUCCCCAGACACCUUCUUACCUUCUCAGAGCAGCUGAAUUCAAGGUGUUGGAUCUUGGUGGCCAGUUGUAUAUUUAUCUGUUUUAACCUUAGUAGUUGCCGUUCAGAACGUGUCUUAACCGAGAUAAUUAUCCCUGAAAAAUAAUUGCGAGGGUCUCCAUGAUACUGGUCUCUAAUUUAGCCCCUUGGGAAAAAACCUGUAUUCCUUACAAAUGUAUAGCUGGGAAGAGUGGUGACAAGUAAAACACUCAUCAUGGCUUAAAGGCAUCAGAACUAGGAGGGUCAGAUUUUUCAUUUCUGAGCUACUCAGUACCCAGCUGUGAAAUACUUCUUUGGCUUGUCCGGUGUGAGAAAUCCUUAAAAGUAAUCACUGACCAGAUGAAGGUUAAGCUCCCUAAUAGGGGGCAGUUCACAGCAGUCUUGCUACUUAGCAGCAGUUGUUCAAAAGGCACUAAGUGCAAGCCUGGAAAUGCUCAAGCUUGGGGUUGGGACUGUCACUUUGCCAACUUUCUGCCUCCAGAGCUGUGGCCAGGUUAGUUGUCAGGCAAUGACCUGCAUCUUGGCUUGGGGGCCGGGGGGGGGCUCCCAAAUGCCCACACCACACUGUGGACACGGCCUCAAAGACUGGCUGCAGUGGGGCCGCUCUGCCCCUUUCCAAGUGUGAGUGACGGAGUCCGGACCCUCCCCCACACGUGUGGCGCCCACAAGGCCUGGGAGUAGCCGUCCCUGGUCCACAGUGUUCCUGGUUGUCUCACUGAAUCCGGUUUAGCCUUGUGUUGCUUCAGUCACGCUACUAAAUUUGAUAGCAAGGUAAUAACGGGCAAUAGCCAGUCGUAUGCCUCGCUGCCAUUUAGACAAAGAAAAUGAACAAAUCUCACAACAGUGUGAUGUGAGAGUACUGGGUAGUAACUGCUUCAUGAGUCAUUUAGAAUCAGUCAUGGUCUAUCUACCUCACAUAACCUUUGCAGAGAGUAUUUUUCUGUUAGAUUAGAUGAAAAAGUCGACAUAAGCAUCUAAAAUAUUAUCUGAAAAGCCUCCAUUAUUUCCUUUGACAGAACCCAAAUAAAGGUUCUUAAUAGGCUUUACUUUAAUCACUAGAUCUGAACUGGCCGCCCCCAAAGCCCACAUGCCCUACAGGGCCGCUCGCACAGCCCCUUCCCCGGCCGGGUGGCACCACAGCAGGCGGCCACAGAGCCUGGGAGGCACGAUGGGGCUCACUGUGCCCAGCAGGGGACGGGCCUGCUUCCAACAGGCUGCACUGUCGCUCACUCAGUGUCCUGACAGCGACCCACAGCCCGUCGUGUUGGGGACUAGUCUAGGGAUUCCCAACCCUGCCGGACACCCAAUCAUCUGGGAGUGCUUCACAGACGGACCCCUCCCUCUGGGCUCCGCACCAGACUCUCCACUUAAAGUGUUGAGGGUGAUUCUGAUGCGGCAAGUCCGAGGACAGGCAUUUGAUCAACUCUGACUAGUUCGCUGAUGGCUGAACCGCUAACCGGUCACUAGGUCCACAUAAAAUCACAGCACAAACGGCUUCUCUGGCAUGGAGGCUCCCUGCACCAACAGAGAGUGUGUGAGGAAGAGGAUCUGUACCUGAAAUACGGUAAAGCAGUAUUUCCCCAAGUGUGUCCUCCAGAGCCAGAGUCUACAGCACGCUCAUAGGUGUUAUUUCCUCCCAAAGUGUUGAACUGGUCAACUUGGAAAACAAUUACAGUUCUCAGAGCCUUCAGCGCGCUAGCUCGUGUUGUGACUUUCUCAAAGUGGGUAGAGUCUAGUGUACAGCAUUUCUCAGCUUCCUUGCUCCCCUUCUGACGGUUCCCCUCCCAAGGUGGGAUGGGGUUUGGUAGAACACUCUCCAGGAAACACCAAAUGAAAAACAAAGGUGCUUUGGGAACCAAGCCGGCAGGGAUUGAUCAGGGACUAGUCUAACCCUUGCCAUAAACAUCUUUCAGUAAUCAUAGAAAUGAGAGUUUGAAGGAGAAAGGCACUUCCUCUCAGAGCACAUGUCCUGGUGUCUAUUUGUAGCCACAAAGGUGACAGUGGGACAUCAAAUCAGACCACUUCAUGUUUCUCUUGGUUGCCAGGAGGAGGAGGACCAGGGCCUCUGCGCCCCUUCCAGGCUCCACCCACUGUCCCAUCCCCCGCCCCCCCCCAGCCCAGGAGCACAGGGGACAUACCGUUGAUGAUCCGGGCCACCCGCCACAGGCGGAGCAGAAUCAGCAGCCCUAGAGCCUCAAACUCGUGCUCCCGGAAAAGGAGGACAACGUCGAGGACGAAGGAAACCACCACGACGAUGGCGUCCAGGAUUUCAAACUUGUGGUGAAAGAACUCCAAGCGGAAGACAAAUAUUUUAAAGAAAAUCUCCAUCAUAAAAAAGGUCAAGAUGGCAAUGCUCAUGUAGUGGAACACCUGAAGGGGACAAGGAGAUACAGAAUAGACUCAGGCUGUCAUGGGCUGGGGCAGGUCACACGGACGAGCUGGCCUUGAAUGCACCUGCCCGGUCACCGAGAGAAUCCAUUCAUUUGACCAAUCCCAAAUUCCGGCCGGCACCAGGCGCUGUUCUUGGGCUGGACUGUGGCUGGGAACAGCACACACGUUGCUCUCUGAAGGGCAAUGGGGCAAUGGCAGUUGAAAACAUCCACCAUGCCCUUUGGCCCUGCAAAGCUCAUGUGUGCACAAAGACAGUAAGGAUAUUUACUGCAACAUCAUUUGCAGCACAAAAGAUUUUCUACAUUGUUUGGAGAACAACAGAAAUGUCCACUAGACUAGGGCACUUGUUAAAUGCAUUAUGGUACCUCCACAUGGAGCAUUAUGCAAUUGUUCAAAAGACCAAGGCUGAUCCGUAUGUAUCAACUAGAAAUGAUGGUAAGAUGGUAAGUGAAGAGAGUUCCCAGAUCUUGAUUUAUAAAUACUAGCCUUCACUAAAGUAACCUUUUUCCAUUCCGGGGCAGGGAAAGUACGAAUGAGCUGGGACAUCAUCCGGGGCCAGAAAACAAGGAAACGCUCAAAGGCUAUGGAGUCAUGUCAAGAGGACAGAGCAGUCGGCUCGAAGAGGCUCACAGUGACCAAAUUUGGGACAGUUUGGAUAUUUAGUAUUUAGGGGGAAGUGCCGUGAUGUCUAACUUUCGAAUGGUCAGACAAAAAUAGAUGGGUGUGGGGUGUGUUUGUGGAUAUGUAUAUAUAUAAAGAAAGCAAAUACAGCAAAAUGUAUAUUUGCCACUUUUCAUAAUAAAAAGUAAAGAAAAAGGCACAAGACAGUGAGUAUAGGAGGUAUAUUACUGAUUCUAUUAAACAACAGAGGGAGAGGAAAGAUAAUUAUCUAUGGGAGGACUUGGGUUGGCACAGAAGAAAACGUUAACGGCUGCCGUGGUGAAAGGGGUCACGAGUAGGAAGGAAGUUUAAUAUUUUCUGCCUGCUCUUUUACCAUUUGAAAAGACAUUUUUGCGUUGUCCACUGAAUUUUUUUCAAAGGGUGUGGGGAGAUGCUUUUAAGCCCCUGGCCUUCUCCCCAGUUACUGGUGAUGGGCCGCACAGUGCAUUUUCAGUGUGUCCACUGCCCUUUGGGUCAAUGUCUGGGGUGGGCUCAGGCAGGAACUGUGAAUCAGGGAAUAAAUGGUGGGUACAUCCCCCAAAUGGCUCCAGCACAGGGACCACAUCAGAAUGUUGACAGGAGGAAAAACAGCUCAUCUUCCUCUGGGGGAUGGGAAGGAAUCAUGCUCCUGGUUUGAUAAUCAGUGACAAACUCCAGCUCAGUGGUCUAGGAUAGCUCAGGGUUCAAGCCAUCAAGUGACUUGAGGAGGUUUCCUGCUUGUAGUAAAUUCGCAUAUAUAAUUGGGAAAGGAAGACCUUUUCUCUGCUCUUUGACUGAAGCACCCAAUCAAACUACCCUCAAAUAGACCUGGUUCCUCCAAGGCAGGUGCUGCCCCACCCUGCCCACCCACAGAGUGAACCACAUUAAAGGGCUGCGGACACACUACCCUGGCGGCAUAGUUAUUCUUGUCAGGCUGGAUGAUCUUCAGGUCCAGAACGAGCUCAGCGAGCACCAGGAGGGCAUCCAGAAUGACCAGGCAGAUGAUGAUAACCUGUGGACCAAGGGAAGAAGCAAGAAACCAUGAGACCUAAAUGGGGACCCUCCUUUCAUCUUUAAGGGCUGGAAACAUCUGAGUGAAACCACUGGGGAAAGAUGCCAAGGAUGGUAGGCCACUGCCCACAGCCCGAGCGCCCUGCAGGGAGCCUGCUGGGGGCCAGCUCCUCUGGACAGGAGCCCCUCCUUCCAGCCCUGGGCAGUGCCUGUCCUAAAGCCUCCGUGUGGCUCACUGACUGACCCUCGGUCACCACUGGUCUUUCUCUUACUCAUAAAUUCACUGCUUCU